CAGUGAUGCCUGACCAUGACAGCACAGCCCUCUUAAGCAGGCAAACCAAGAGAAGAAGAGUUGACAUUGGAGUGAAAAGGACGGUAGGGACAGCAUCUGCAUUUUUUGCAAAGGCAAGAGCAACGUUUUUUAGUGCCAUGAAUCCCCAAGGUUCAGAGCAGGAUGUCGAGUAUUCAGUGGUGCAGCAUGCAGAUGGGGAAAAGUCAAAUGUACUCCGCAAGCUGCUGAAGAGGGCGAACUCAUAUGAAGAUGCCAUGAUGCCUUUUCCAGGAGCAACCAUAAUUUCCCAGCUGUUGAAAAAUAACAUGAACAAAAAUGGUGGCACAGAGCCCAGUUUCCAAGCCAGCGGUCUCUCUAGUACAGGCUCAGAAGUACAUCAGGAGGAUGUAUGCAGCAACUCUUCAAGAGACAGCCCCCAAGAGUGUCUUUCCCCUUUUGGCAGGCCGUCUAUGAGCCAGUUUGAUGUGGAUCGGUUAUGUGACGAGCACCUGAGAGCUAAACGCGCCCGGGUUGAGAAUAUAAUUCGGGGUAUGAGCCAUUCCCCCAGCGUGGCAUUAAGGGGCAAUGAAAAUGAAAGAGAAAUAGCUCCGCAGUCCGUAAGUCCCCGAGAAAGUUAUAGAGAAAACAAACGCAAGCAAAAGCUGCCGCAACAGCAGCAGCAGAGUUUCCAGCAGCUGGUUUCGGCAAGGAAAGAGCAGAAGCGAGAGGAGCGCAGACAGCUGAAGCAGCAGCUGGAGGACAUGCAGAAGCAGCUGCGCCAGCUGCAGGAGAAGUUCUACCAGAUCUAUGACAGCACUGACUCUGAAAAUGAUGAAGAUGGCAACCUGUCUGAAGACAGCAUGCGCUCCGAAACCAUGGACGCCAGGGCUGGCGACUCUGUCGGCAGGUCAGACAAUGAGAUGUGUGAGCUGGACCCAGGGCAGUUCAUUGACCGGGCGCGGGCCCUCAUCCGGGAGCAGGAGAUAGCAGAGAACAAACCAAAAAGAGAAGGUCCCAAGGAGAAGGAGCAAGGGCCGAACACCUUCCAUCCAGAAGGCAAACAUUUGGCCGAGACGCUGAAGCAGGAGCUGAACACCGCCAUGUCGCAGGUUGUGGACACGGUGGUUAAAGUUUUUUCAUCCAAGCCCUCCCGCCAGCUUCCUCAGGUCUUCCCGCCUCUCCAGAUGCCGCAGGCGAGGUUUGCUGUCAACGGGGAGAACCACAACUUCCACACAGCCAACCAGCGCCUGCAGUGCUUUGGGGACGUCAUCAUUCCCAACCCCCUCGACACCUUCGGCAGCGUCCCCAUGCCCGGCGCCACCGACCAAACCGAGGCGCUGCCCCUUGUCGUCCGCAAAAACUCCUCCGACCAAUCCGCCUCGGCCCCACCGGCCGGCGGCCACCACGCCUCCUUGCACCAGUCCCCACUCUCGGCCACCGCCGGCUUCUCCACCUCCUCCUUCCGCCACCCCUUCCCGCUGCCCCUCAUGGCCUACCCCUUCCAGAGCCCCCUGGGUGCCCCGUCGGCCUCCUUCCCGGGGAAAGAGCGCGCCUCCCCUGAGUCCCUUGACCUGACCCGGGAGACCACCAGUCUGAGGACCAAGAUGUCGUCGCACCACAUGAACCACCAUCCCUGCUCACCAGCCCACCCCCCCAGCGCUGCCGAGGGCCUCUCCUUGUCCCUCAUAAAGUCCGAGUGCGGGGACCUGCAAGACAUGUCUGAUAUCUCGCCCUACUCGGGAAGUGCAAUGCAGGAAGGCUUGUCACCGAAUCACUUGAAAAAGGCCAAGCUCAUGUUCUUUUACACCCGGUACCCAAGUUCCAAUAUGCUGAAAACUUACUUCUCAGAUGUAAAGUUCAACAGAUGCAUUACCUCUCAGCUCAUCAAGUGGUUUAGCAAUUUCCGUGAGUUUUACUACAUUCAGAUGGAGAAGUAUGCGCGGCAAGCCAUCAACGACGGGGUCACGAGCACUGAGGAGCUGUCUAUAACCAGAGACUGUGAGCUGUACAGGGCCCUGAACAUGCACUACAAUAAAGCAAAUGAUUUUGAGGUUCCAGAGAGAUUCCUGGAAGUGGCUCAGAUCACGUUACGGGAGUUUUUCAAUGCCAUUAUCGCAGGCAAAGAUGUUGAUCCUUCCUGGAAGAAGGCCAUAUACAAGGUCAUCUGUAAGCUGGACAGUGAGGUCCCCGAGAUUUUCAAAUCCCCAAACUGCCUACAAGAGCUUCUUCAUGAGUAG